GUGCUACAUAACGGAUGGUGGGGAUAAUUGUAUGACCUUUGCGUUACAUACCUAUGGAUUCCACACUUUCAUGGCUUGAGACGAUCGCUCGGCUAACACGAGCCGUUCGUUAGUCGAUCGUGGUGAAUUGCACCGAACGCAGUGUAACACUGAUUUUUUGUUCUUUUUAUUUGAGUGUGCCCAUUUUUUCCCCUUUUUUGCUAUUCCGAGCUCGUUUUUAUAGCAUCGCGAAAGUAAUCGUUUUAUUGUCCAAAAAAAAGAAAAGAAAAAGAUUUUCCUUUCAAUUUCAUAAAUCACUCAGUGGUAAAGAUUCGAUGAGCCAGUGACAGUUUGCGAGAUCAACAUGAGACGCUUAAGUACCUGGCUGCAUGCUCGGUUCCGUGCACGUACCGAUUCCACGUCCAGCGUGCCAGAUGAGCUAGCCGAAACAUCCUCACUGUCCGGUAGCAAUCAUCAGCUGAACAGCCGCAAUUUCGACGGUGAAUCGUUGGACGGCGAACAGGCGCUGGCCAUCAUCCGGCGGAACCUGAAGUCGAGCGCAAUGGACACGGAAGGUACACACUUCGACUGCAACUGUCCGCACAUUUUUGUUGUGUUUGGCGCAUCGGGAGAUUUGGCUAAAAAGAAGAUUUAUCCUACCCUGUGGUGGUUGUUCCGGGACAAUCUGCUACCAUCGGACACUAAAUUCAUUGGAUAUGCCCGCAGCAAACUGUCAGUGGCUGAGUUGAAGGAAAAAUGUCGUCAGUACAUGAAGGUAAAGGAUGAUCAGAUGGAAAAGUUUGAAGAGUUUUGGUCAGUCAAUUUCUACGUUGCUGGCAGUUACGAUUCGCGGCGUGAUUUUGAGCUGCUCAACCAGGAGAUCAGCAAGUUCGAGGUGGGACGUGCCGCAAACCGGCUGUUCUAUCUGGCAUUGCCACCAUCCGUGUUCGAAUCAGUUACGGUACACAUCCGCAACACUUGCAUGGGCGCGAAGGGAUGGAAUCGUAUAAUUGUGGAGAAACCGUUCGGACGCGACGCGGAAAGCUCGAACGUACUGAGCGUUCAUUUGGCGAAAUUGUUUACCGAGGAUCAGCUGUACCGUAUCGAUCACUAUCUCGGCAAGGAGAUGGUACAGAACCUGAUGACGAUACGGUUUGGCAAUCAGAUAUUUAGCCCGACGUGGAAUCGGGCCCAUGUCGCAUCGGUACUGAUCACGUUCAAGGAACCGUUCGGUACGCAGGGCCGUGGUGGAUAUUUUGAUGAUUUCGGCAUCAUACGCGAUGUGAUGCAGAACCAUCUGCUGCAGAUACUGUCGCUGGUGGCAAUGGAAAAACCGGCCACCUGCCAUCCGGACGAUAUUCGUAACGAGAAGGUAAAGGUGCUGAAAAGCAUCAAGGAACUUUCGAUCGAGGACGUUGUGCUUGGGCAGUAUGUGGCGAAUCCGACCGGUACGGAUGAGGAUUCGCUGAUGGGAUAUUUGGACGAUCCGACCGUACCGAAGGGUUCGGUAACGCCCACGUACGCGUUGGCCGUGCUGAAGAUUAACAACGAACGGUGGGACGGUGUGCCGUUCAUACUCCGUUGCGGUAAGGCACUGAACGAACGCAAGGCGGAGGUACGCAUCCAGUAUCACGAUGUGCCGGGAGAUAUCUUCGAUGGGAAACCGAAGCGUAACGAGCUGGUGAUUCGUGUGCAGCCCGGCGAAGCACUGUACGUGAAGAUGAUGACCAAAUCGCCCGGCAUUACGUUCGAUAUGGAGGAAACGGAGCUCGAUCUAACGUACGGCCAUCGUUACAAGGACGUCGCGCUGCCGGAUGCGUACGAGCGCUUGAUACUGGAUGUGUUCUGCGGUUCCCAGAUGCAUUUCGUGCGUGCGGACGAGCUGAGUGAGGCAUGGCGCAUCUUUACCCCGCUGCUGCACUACAUCGAGCAGGAACGGCCGGAACCGAUCAAAUACAUUUAUGGUUCGCGCGGACCGAAGGAGGCGGAUCGGAAGUGUGACGAGAAUAACUUCAAGUACUACGGUUCGUACAAGUGGCAUCAGAAGCAUUAAGCCGUGCAUGUGCAGCCACACGCAACGGUAUGGUGAGGAAGUGCGUUUAAACUUUCGAAUUUAAGCGAAUAGUUUCGUAGGAAAGAUUGUUAUUUAUUUAUACACUGAACGCUAGACAUUCUUCACCCAACCAUUAUUUACUACCUACUACUACUACUACUAAUCAUUCCUGUGGUUUUGUUGUUAACUCAUUUCGGAAGCUCUUAAGGCAAAGAAAAGCAUUUUUGGAACCAGUUUUUUUUAUAAUAAAAAAAUAUACCUCGAAAAAAGCAAAACUCCCCAUUUGUACGGAAUCAUAUCAAUAUACAGUGAUCAAUAUUCUGCUUUUACACAGAAGCAUACAUAUUGAUUAGACGGCUUUUACGAGUUUCAAUGCACCGAAUAACGCUUGAUUGACUAACGUUAUGCGUUACGUUUUACGCACAAUGUCUUGUACCGUAUUUUGGGCAAAAACGUGCCGUUAAGAAAACAAAUCAAUACGCUACAUUUCUUCGAUGAACAGCCACGGUUUGUGAAAGGCUGUGAGAUUGUCCUUACACAAAAAAAACAAACCGCCCAAGACUCCACAUCCUCAUAUUUGGUCAGAAAAGAUAAUUUGAAAAAAAGAGUGAUCUGUCUUGUCAUCAUCAUGCGCAAUUUUUCAAUGUGCUUUUCGGGGUUGCACAUAAUACGAGCCACUCGGACCUUAUAACCCCGAAACGAACGGAGCGGUUCGAUUCCGGACUUUGUGUGUGUGUGUGUUUUCUAGAAAGCGGGAGGCUUUCUUUCGCCGAAAACUUCCAUACCGGUUCCAAAUGUACCGGCAUUGGACAAAAGGGCGUUGUGAUAAAUGGAAAUGAACCCGGUCAAGGCAUAGAAUUAUUGAUGUUGGGCAAUAUUUCGUUUAUGGUUUCCCGCCACCGUUUUCAGCCACGCCACGCCAAGAUGUGGUGGAAAAUUACUGCACCGAAUCGCACGAACCACGAGAUGGGAUGACCUUCAUGGCAAAUGACAAAAAUUGCGAAAACAGCCUCGAAUCAUUCAAUAGACCAUUAAGCAUUGGAAGCGUCGAGCAGAGCAAUGGUACAGUGUGUAACACAAUUAUACAUUGAAUUGUUGAAGGUAAAGACGAACAACAUAAAAUUCUAAAAUAUUAUGCGGAAUAGAUAGAUAAAAUAGAUCUAGACAAAUUUUUAUUUUGUUAUUACCAAUUUUACAUUUUUAUCCUCAUGAAAUUGAUUAAUCCGUUGAAAGUAAAUAAACAAAGAGGCCUUAGGAUAGUUUUCUUGUAUAUCUUCCAUAUAUUGCACCAAUAAUAUAUAAUGUAAUUAUUUCUUAAAUUGUUGUUUGUUCAGAGUUAUUUUGAAAACAUUUUUGUGUUAACUUUGAAUUUUUCUGCGAUCGAAAAACAAUGCAAAAGAAAUCUUAACACAUAAAUUAUCGUAACAAAAUCGUUACAGUUGUGUAACAGCGGUUUUUAGUUACGUAAAAUUGAUCAAACAGAAAUUUAUUGAAGUCGAGAUUUUAAUUUUUUUUAUUAAUACAUUUUUUCACGUAUUGUUAUAUGGUUAUUUAAUUUUAAAGAAAAAUUUUCUUAAAAAAAUAUAGUUUUUUUUUCAAUAUCGUGGAGAUGGGAAUAGUCAAACGGGCUUCCUUCAGGGAACUGAAUAAACUGUGUUCUCCGUGAAGCCCGUUCUCUUAGAUGAAACAUUAAUAGGAGUACCAAAAUUUACAAAAUGUUUUGGAAGAUGUUUAAUUUUUUUUUCACUCACUCACUAAAAAAAUGUUAUUAGUUAACUCUUCAAGAUAUUAUUUUAUAAUAAAAAACUAAACAUUCAUAUUAUUAUGCUA